AGUAGAAGGGGAGAGGGUGGUGUUGGAAAAGAGAUGCGUGGGUUGUGGGAUUGUAGGAAUGCAUUACUUAGCUUGCUUAGUUAACCAUAACACGAGCAUUAUCGAGUGUGUAUCUGGGUCUGCAUAGAAACUCGAUAGGGUUUAAUGGUUUUUCUAGGUCCCCGCGGGGCUUUACUAAUUUACUAACUUCAGUUUCGCACGAAACGAUCCUAUUCGUUCCAUCAGAAAGUCUCUCGCUCAAGGGAAAACGGGGUGAGGGAGUCUCCUGUUUUCUACAGCCGCUGGCAUUUUUACUGAAAGUUCAUAAAAUGGCCUGGCUACAUCUUUGUCUUUCUGAGCCUUUUUCCUUGAAAAGAGACCUUGCUGAGUUCAAGCCUCUUACAGAGUUAUUAAUGAUGAACCGCAUUUGACCUUCAGGCCUCCUUAUGUGGUUGUCAUUACUCGAACAGCAGCCACCAAUGCAUGCGUGCCCCAUUCUCCAGGAUGAAAGAGGGAGAAGCCAAAAUGAUGCUCCUAUUGGGAGUUCAUGGAAAGGAAAAGCAGGAUGCCAAAUACUGUAGCUACUUGUGAUGUGUUAGUCUCACCUCCUCCAUCCCUCUGGAUCCCUGUGUUUAAUAUUUUACUUAAAUGUAGACCUGAGACUUUCUACAUAAUAUUUUUUUGGCAGGUGAGAGAUGGAAAGUUCAUCUAUGGAUGAAGAAGAGGAUUGCCCUGAAUUGAUUCCCAUAAGGGAACCGGCAGUAAAGGACAAUGUGGAAGACAUUCAAUCCAGCAACAAUGCUAAGAUUCCUGUUACUAUUAUCUCAGGAUAUUUAGGUGCAGGAAAAACUACUCUUCUUAAUUACAUUUUGACUGAACAACAUAGCAAGAGAAUAGCAGUUAUUUUAAAUGAAUUUGGUGAAGGUAGUGCAUUGGAAAAAUCCUUGGCUAUAAGCCAAGGUGGAGAACUCUAUGAAGAAUGGCUGGAGCUCAGAAAUGGCUGUCUUUGCUGCUCAGUAAAGGAUAAUGGUUUGAAAGCAAUUGAAAAUUUGAUGCAGAAGAAAGGGAAGUUUGAUUAUAUUUUGCUAGAGACAACAGGAUUGGCAGAUCCAGGUUCUGUGGCCUCCAUGUUUUGGGUUGAUGCUGAAUUAGGAAGUGACAUUUAUCUUGAUGGUAUUAUCUCUGUUCUUGAUGCAAAGCAUGGGCUACAGCACCUGAGAGAAGAAAAACCCAGUGGCCUUAUUAAUGAAGCUGCUAGGCAAGUUGGAUUAGCAGAUCUUAUCAUCAUCAACAAGACAGAUUUAGUUGCACAAGGUGACCUGAUGAAACUAAGAACAGCUGUCAGAGCAAUAAAUGGAGUUGCCAAAAUUUUAGAAACUCAGCGAUCAAGAGUUGAUAUCUCUAAUGUGUUAGACCUUCAUGCUUUUGAUGGUGUAUCAGAAAAAAGUUUGCAGCAAAAACUUCAGCUUGAAGAAGUACCUCAGCCACAUCUAGAUAAGAGCAUUGUUACAUCCACCUUCGAAGUGCUAGGAAAUACAACUGAAGAACACCUGAAUGUGUUUAUUCAAAAUCUCUUGUGGGAGAAAAAUGUAAAAGACAAGAAAGGUAACCCCAUGGAAGUAAUAAGACUAAAGGGAUUGGUGUCCAUCAAAGAUAAAUCUCAUCAAGUGAUAGUUCAGGGUGUCCAUGAGCUCUAUGAUCUAGAGGAAACAACUGUGAAAUGGAAAGAGGAUGAACGAAUUAAUAGAUUGGUCUUAAUAGGUAGAAACCUGGAUAAUGAUAUCCUUAAAGAGGCCUUCAUAGCAACUGUGACCAAAAAAGAGGAAAAUAGUUGAUGCCAACUUCUGAAGAAAACUGCUUUUCAACCCUGCAUUUUUAGCAAUGCAUUAUUAAAAUAUCUUGGACUGGUUUUUCUUUUUUAAUAGUUGUUGUUUGUACAGCUAUUAAAUUUUGGGGUCUUUGCAGUCUACAGAUUUUAUUUUACUUCUUCAAACAACCAGAAUUUUAAGCACUGGAAUAUAAUUAUAUAUAAUUAAAUAAUCCAAUUGUGUUUUUAAAUGUGCAGAAUCCAAUUCAGUUUACCAGGUUAAUAAGAUUUUGGAUUGAUUAUCUUUCUUAGGUUAGUGACUAACAAGUCAGUAUGGGUUUUUUUAAUGAGAAUAAUGCUAAAAGGGGGAAUUCAGUCAUUUGAUAGAAUUAAGUGUCAUCAGAUUACAAAUCUAAAAACAUUCUGAAGAAAACUUUCUUAAGCCAAGUCAGCACAGUAAGUUUAUGAUUCAGCAUGGCCUUCCCCAAACUUGGUAUGCUCCAAAUCUGUGGACUUCAGCUCUCAACAUUUUCAGAAUUCUUCCAGAAUUUAAGCCAAUCUUCAGCUAGCAAAUUAAUUUUAGGAAGUUCAUCUGACUGAGGCUGUGGAGGCUGGUUCCGUUUAACAGACCCCAUGUAGCAGACUUCAGAUGCAGCAAACCACCUUUCUACCCAGACAUUUACCUAAAUGAGAACAAAUUUGUUGCAUCCAAAUCAAUCUAGACAAGACAAUUAAGUUGAUAUAAACUGUAAAAACUGAACUAAAACAUUGCAGAUAGAUAAUGGGGUUUUCAGGAAUACACCCACACAUAUACUUACCCUCACCCACCCAUUUUAAGUUUAUUCAUCCUGGAAAGUCCUAAAUGAUUUCCUUCAUUAUCACCAUAUCUCCCAAGAUGCCACUUUCAAGGAUCUGCAUUCAGAUGGUGUGUGAUUGAUAUAAUGGAGCUUGGUUGAGAACAGUUAAUAGUGCUUUCAUAAAAUCCAGUUUAUAAAGUGUUUUUUGUCUCCUGUCCUUUUCUUAUCUUUUAGAAAACACUUCUUACAAAUUCCCUUCCAAUUUAAUUGAAAUGUUUAAUAAAUCAUUCUUGUAUCCACA